AUGUCACAAUCCGUCGAUGAAGACGCUCAGUCGGGCGCUGAAGCUUCGAUAACCGACUCUGGUAUGGUCGCUGCUCAAGCCGCGACAGACAAUGAUCCGACCUCCAAUCCAUCUGCGCCUCGCCUAAACCCACGGAGUUGCGUCACAUGUCGUCGCAGAAAAGUUCGGUGCAACAAAGAAAACCCAUGCGCCAACUGUAUAAGAGCGGGGAUAGAGUGUGUUUUUCCUGGUCCUGGAAGAGCACCUAGAAAACCGAGAAAGCCACCCGAUGCGGAGCUGUUGGCCCGGCUGCGCAGACUGGAAGGCGUGGUUCAUAGUCUUGGUGCGCAGGUGGACGAGAACGGUAUCGUGUCUCCCACUGCCGCAGGUUCGACAGAUAUCCGGGCACGCUUCGGCGAUGUACAACCAAGCGAUUCACCAGCCUCCGAUCGCUCGGAGUCGAAAAGACAGUCUAUUGACAAGCAUCUCGGUCGCCUCGUGAUCAGUGAGGAUCGCAGCCGCUAUGUGAACAACGCGUUUUGGACAGGCAUGAGCGAUGAGAUUGCUGAAAUGCGGGACUUGCUCGACCCGUCAAGCACCGACGACGAAGAUGAGAUUCUUUCCCCCGAAACCGAUCGCCAGUCGAACCACCAAGCCUUCCUAUUUGGUUACUCAUCAGUCAUGCAGGAUCUGAGAGAGCUACAUCCCACUCCGAGUCAAAUUUUCAUUCUUUGGGAAGUUUUCAAAGAGAAUGUGGACCCGGUGGUCAGGAUACUCCAUCGACCUACAGCCAGAACAAUUCUCAUGAAUGCUGCGAGCAGUAUCGAUCGAGUCUCCAAGCCAGCAGAAGCCUUGUUGUUUGCCAUCUACUUUGGAGCCGUAGUCAGCUUGACUCCUGAGCAGUGCCAGCAACUAUUGGAUGAGGACAAGCAGUCACUAAUAAAGAAGUACCGGUUUGCAACAGAACAAGCUUUGGCCCGUGCGGACUUUUUGAACAGUUCCAGUCUCAUGUGCUUGCAGGCACUGUCAUUUUUCCUCAUCUUUGUUCGGCAUUGUGACGAUUCAAGAUUGGUAUGGGCAUUGGGAGGGUUAGCUAUGCAUCUGGCACAGUCGCUGGGCAUCCACCGUGAUGGAACGCAUUUCGGAUUGAAUCCAUUUGACACGGAAAUGCGACGCCGGUUAUGGUGGCAGAUAUCUCUGCUAGAUAAUCGAGCUGCCGAAGACCAUGGUGUAGAUCCUUCAUUCUCCCACGAGUUUUACGAUACUCAGGUCCCUGCAAACCUGAACGACGACGAUAUCUAUCCCGGAAUGAAGUUCUGGCCCGCAGAAAGAGUGGGAGCGACCGAGAUGACGUUCUGCUUGAUUCGCUAUGAAAUCAGCGCCUUUUCGCGUCGAUUCAGCUUUUCCGCUCCUGGGCCCGGCACAAAGCAAGUUCCCGACCUGUCCCUUGAAGAAAAGGAGAGGUUAAUCGACGAGUGUCACCGGAGGCUCGAAGAGAAAUACUUACGGCACUGCGACAUGAACACACCAAUCUACUGGGUGGCUGCGACGGUCGCGCGUCUCAUCCUGGCCAAGAUGUGGUUGAUGGUGCACCAUCCGCGAGCGUACUCCAACAACAACGAACCCUCACCAAUGCCGCCGGAAAUCCGGGAUCGAGUCUUCAUCACCUCAGUGGAAGUGAUAGAAUUCUCUCACCUGCUCGAGAAGAAUGAAAACACGGCGAAAUGGGGCUGGCUAUUCAGGACCUAUAUGCAAUGGCAGUCAGUGGCGUUUGCUUUGUCAGAGAUCUGCGUGAGACCGCCUGGACCCGACGUAGAUCGAGCGUGGCGCGCGGUCGAAUCGGUCUAUGGGCAACGAAUGAUGAACUCCAAGUAUCAGAAAGGAAUGCUGUGGAAACCCUUGCGGCAUCUCAUGGCCAGAGCAAAGGCCCGAAGAGCGGAGCAACAGGCACAGUCAAACCAGGUGCCGCAGAAGCAGGAAAUCAUAUUCGCCGAUAUGGCCAAUCCAACUCCGAUGGAACGGUUCGUGCAAGACUAUUCAGUCAGUGCUGCCAACGCGAAUGCAAUGGAGGCAUUCGACCCGACAAGCGAGCAGCCCUACAACAAUACGGGAUUGGGCCUAGAUCCACGAGUACCAGAAUCUUUCCAUGCAGCAACCGGCAGCACGACGAGGGAGAGCAGCCACGCCAUAAUGCAGGAUGAUCCCAGCGGUGCGGGAGUGAACUGGACGCCGGAGCACAUGGCGAUAGGGAGCAACGAUAUAUUGGAUUUCGGAUGGUCGCCAUCUGUUGGCGACUUUACAGUGCGAAGUGAACCCUUCCAGCGCUAUUUUGUGACCAUUCAAGAGAAUUGGUUUUGA